AUGGUUCAAGUAUAUCGCAAGACGCAUUCAUAUCCCGAUCCACCUCCAACACCACUCUUAGCUUUCUUCCUUCGAUACCCCAAUCCAUUCGCAAGACACGUCCUAUCCGUAGAUGUACUUUCUAGAAAAGUGAAUCCGGUCACAGGUCAAAUACAUACCACUAGACUGAUACUGAAAAGAGGUAUUUUACCUAAAUGGGCUACUAGAUGGUUACCGAAUGCAGGAUUAUCAGGUGGAAGAGGAUUAGAUGCUUGGAUAUUGGAAGAAAGUAUAAUUGAUCCGCCGGAUUGGGGAUCAAAUCCAGCUUCAAUCUCGGCAUCAAAGGCAGGUCCAAGGUCAAGCUCAAGUUCCAGUAUCAAUUCCAAUUCCGCUUCAAGUUCAGGUUCAAGUUCAAGUUCAGGCUCGAGAUCGAGAUUACAAAGAGGAGAAGAAGAAGACAUCGAUAGUGAUUAUGGAAAACAACCUAGAUUGAGAGUACAACAAGGUAAUUUAAAUCAUAAGAAAUUGAUGCAUGUGAUUGAAGGUGGUGAAAUCAGAGCUGGACCUAAUGGCACAACUCUGCAUCAUACGACGGCUGAAGUGAGAUCAAGUUUUGGUGGAGCAUGGUCGAAUCUGAUAAGGCAGCGAAUAGAGUCAUACGGCUUAGGGAAAUUUGAGAGUAAUUCAGAGACUUCCCGUAAAGGGAUGUCUUUGAUAUUAGAACUCCUACGUACCCGUCAUCCAUUACCUGAAACAGCAGAAUUCGAGUUCUACCCACCACCACCACCGGGAUUCAAUGAUUCAUGGUCUGAUAGACCUGGAGCUGGAAGCACCAAUAUAGGGAAGUCGAAAGAAGGUUCGCCGAGAAGUUUCUUCUUGUCGCCUGGAAGUAUAAGGGAGUGGGUCAGAGCAAGGAGAGAAGGUGGGAACGGGAAUGGAAAUGGAAAUGGCAAUGGCGAUCGAGGGAAUGGCGAAGGGUGA